GCUCAAUAUACAAUUCAGUUGUUACGUGCUAACCAAACGUACCGGGUGUUGUCACAAUUUUAAGCUCCGCUAUAAAUAAUAAAAUUAUAUUGUAUAUCUAAAUAUAAAAGAAACAAAUUAAACAUUUAACAAAAAUCUUAAAGCUCGAAACAUUUGCUGUUAAACUUAACAGUAAUAUAAUAAUUGUAACAGACAUUUUGGCAUCUUUAACAUACGCUUAAGAGGAAAAAGAACUUAAAUUUAUUUUCGAAAUUAUUUUAAAAGUUUGUACAACAAAACGUACUUAAGACAUCAUGGUGGAAUUUCGUUUUGAUCUAAGUCCUCUCUUUACCCAACCGAUUGUUAAGGUUACCUCGAAUCUAUUACCGCAUACAUUUCGUGGAGAUCGUCGACAAUGUUUAGAUGCUACAUCAAAAAUGUCAGAGAUAAUUGAUCAUUUGGGUCAGUUAUCGGCCAGUGCCCAAAAACUUAGUAAACCGGUAACGACGGCACAACGUUUAAGGAUGUCCGAGAAUCAAACGAUUUAUCUGAUGGCCGAUGUAAAUGCUGGUAAAAAUGGCUGUGUCAUAGGUCUACUUAAGGUGGGCACCAAAGAUUUAUAUUUGUUUGAUGAAACAGGACAGACACGUAAAGUAGAAAAUGCACCAUCUAUUUUGGAUUUCUAUAUACACGAAUCACGUCAAAGAGCUGGUUUGGGUAAAGAUCUCUUCGAAACCAUGUUGGCUGAUGAAAAUUGGACACCUGUCAAAUGUUCAGUGGAUAGACCGUCAGAGAAACUCUUGGGUUUCUUAAAGAAACAUUAUGGUCUAGUACGUACCAUACCGCAGUCUAAUAAUUUCGUACUCUAUGAGGGUUUCUUUGAUGAUGGCAAUAAACAACAGCAGCAGCAACAACAACAUACAAACGGUGGCAUGCAUAUCACAAAUAGUCCUAACACACAACUUUUUGGUGCUACAUAUUUGGGUGAUGAUAAUAAUAAAAAACGUUCACAACAACGUCAAUUAGAUGCUCCUAAUCUCAGUACACAGAUAACACAGAUAUCACCGGUGGGUCGUUAUGGUGCCAGAAGACCAACCUGCAGUAUGGCCGAGAUAAUUCACAGUGGCACGACAGCAAAUAAUAGCGGUGCUGAACCGGGAAGUAAACAAUCACCUUCAGUUGAAAUUGUUAAUGACAAUUUACACAAUUUAAAUAUAAAUGAUCAUCAACAAACUCAACACGACGUUGAACAGCCACAAACACAUGAUGAAGUCGAUGAAGAUUUACAAACCCAGGCAGAUCAAGAACAGCCAAUAGCUUCUGCUACAGAUGCCACAGCUGAACUUGAAAUAAAUAUUAAUGAUCACACUGCUGCUGCUGCUGCCAACGAACAUGAAUCGUCAACGCAGUCCCAACAAAAUUCAUUAGUUAAUACACCCUCCCAACCCACGAAAAGUACAUCAUCCGUAUUCGAAAUGGAAAAUCGCAAAACAGCACCCACUUUCCAUCUAAGCAAACAGCAUACAGGCAUGAAGAAUCGUUCGUAUGGUGUGGGUAUGGCUGUAACACCUUCGACAAAAAUGGAAUUUGAUCAAGAGUUAAGAGAAGAUUUCGGUGUGGUAAAAAUCAAUCGUCCCAUUGGCAAACAACCAUUAUCGCCAAAUGCCAAUGAGGAAACAAUGUCGACGGUUUCUUCGUCAGGGGAGGGUUUAACCGAUCAGGGUUAUUAUGAUUUAAAGUUUUAUCACAAUAAAUUGUGGUAAAUUAUUUAUACAUAUUAUCUAAGAGAAAAGUAAACAUUAACAUUUACAUACAUACAUAUAUACAAAUACAUAUUGUUUAAGAUAACAUAACGAUAUAUUUUAGUACAUAUUUAAGAAAUCUUUCAAUUUGAUUUAACAGCAAAAUGUUUAUAUCAAAAAAAUUGGUUAAAAGUAAAUCUUAACAUUUAUUUCCACAAAAUGCUCAAAUGAAAUUGUCAACAAUUGAGGCAAUUGAUAAUCUAAUGGAGAUCAAGUUUUUAGUGAUGGUAAACUCCUAGGGAGUUUAUUACUCAAAAUAGGUCUGUAUAUGUAAUAGCACUUUCAAUAGGCAUGGAAUUCUGUAAUAGAACAUUCAGCAAGAAAUGUGUAAUAUAACUGAUUCUUUCAGUUACUUCUUUUUAGAAACGAGGUCUAUGUUUCCCAACUCGUAAAUUAUUUUGCAUUUUGUUUCCAUAUAAUAGCAAAUAACACUGACACUUAUACCCCAAAAAAAAAAAAAAACAAAACUUCAAAACAUAUCGCAUGAUUAAAGGACAUUACUUAUUUAUAAAAAAAUGAAAUAUAACCCACACAAAAUAAAGUUUAGCUAUUGAAAGCAUCUCUCCCACUCCUAUAUGAAAUUCCUUUCUUUUUUGUGAACAACACCUAAAAGUUCCUUUAUUUUAGUUUCUUAAUUAUAUUUUCCAUUACAAUUCAAUUGUUUAUGGUUUUAUUUUUUAUUUAGUUAUUUGCUUAACACACUUCACUAGUUUUUUCUUUAUUUGUUAUUUAUCGGUUAAAUUUGUUCCUUUAUUUCUGGAGAAAACAAAACGCACAUUGUUAUAUAAAAUCACACACAUGUUUAUAUAAAAUAAUAUAUAAGAAAUCAUAAUUUAUAUUCAUAUUUAGGAAAUUUACUUCAUUAUACGUUUUAAAAAAAACUCUUAAUAUACCAAAUUUUAUUGCUACAAAUAAGUAAAUAUUUAUGGCAACAAUGUUAUAAAUUUGAACCGGGAACAAGGUGGUAUUCAUAACCUGCAGAAGUUAUUGGAGUAAAUACCUUGCAAAAGUUAUUGUUGUAACAGCUAAAACUAUACAAUAAUCUAGUUGUGGGGAAGGGUUCUACAUCAAUGUCUAGGCCUAAAAAUUGGGCUACUGGAUACGUCCAUAAAUUUAUUGGUCGGAUUGAAGAAGGGUUGGCUGGUCAGUUGAAUAUGUGGUGGGUGUCAUAAGCACCCUUACCACAUGCAGCAUAUUCGUUGGGGACGGCACAGUCUACAAUAGGCAUUUAACUUGUUGCUCCAUCCCGAUUUUAGUCGUUCCAGAACUGUUCUUGUGCUAAGAACGCGGAAUUUAUGGCGUCAAGACUGCCAUAUUAGAGGACUGAUCCAACGAUUAUAAUACUUUAUUCUACAGCAAUGCCUAGGCCUACAAAUGGCGCUACUGAAUACGUCCAUAAAUCCAUUGUUCGGAGUGAAGUAGGGUGGGCUGAUCAGUUGAAUGUGUGAUGUGUGUCAUAAGCACCCUUACUCCAUGCAGGACAUUCGUUGGGUACGGCACGGUCUACACGUGAUCAGUAGGCAUUAAACCUGUUGCUCCAUCCCGAUCUUAGUCGGUUCAGAACUGCUUUUGUUUUCAGCGGCAGGUUUUUUUCCGACAUUAAUGCGGUAUCCUGCGACCGCGGAAUUUAGGGCGUCUCUUCGACUAUCGUUCAAAGCUGACAUAUUUAAUGACUGAUCCAGUGGAUCCUGCAUAUGUUUUCCUUGUAUAUACGCAGAUUAUUUCUGACAUGCAUCGGGGGAGCAUCCAACUGUUUGGCGGUAAUGUUGGAAAGACUCCUGCAAUGACAUCCCAAAAGGAACUGUUUAGUUAACAUGACAUUGUGUUUCUUGACUGGGAGAACCUUCAUUUCCUCAUACUAAUUUGUAGACAGCUCAUUGGGUAUCACUAAGCGAAGGUGAUUACACUGUAGCAGCAUUCCCCAACAGCCGGUUCUAUGCACCGGAAUGACUCGUAUUAUUCGGCAAAGGGAUGGCAACAACAAUACAAUUUUCUGCUGCGGAAGAACAUUUUCCGGCAUUGCUGCUCCGCAUCCGCUUGCUCCGUGCCUGAAUUAAAUUCAGGACCCUGGUUCGGCACAGUUUGCCAGAACCGACUGCACCAUAUGUCCAUCCAAUUAAGGUGCAACUCUUGUUUGGGCUGUUGUCAUCUAAGAAACUGCUCUGAACUUAACCACCAUCGAGAGUGGUAGGAAAAUUUCGUCGCCACAUGCUACUUGCAACAACACUGGAGCAGCAUUAUUAAUUACUGACCGACCAAUCAUGUUAUAUGUAGCUAACAAGGUGUUUUUAUCCAUACCCCAAGUGCUGUGUGUAAACAUUAUUGGAGUACAUGAUCCGUUUAGUAGUCCUAUGUAAUGCAGGCAUGAAUCAUGUGUACUUUUUUUAACAAUGUUCAUGUCCUCAUCUAGGACAAUUUUAAAUGGAGUAUGUUUUUUGUCAAAAUAUUGGGAUUACAUUGAAUCCAGGGAAACCUGUUAUUUUUUCGAAUCAAAAUACGGAGUAGAUCCCCCCAGUUUUAGUCCUUUGAGGAGCACAUUUUACACGAAUAUGCAGGGUAUUUUGCAUUAAAAUUCUAACAUUUUGAUUGUUAAUUCGUAUAAUGGAGUAAACUUCUUAAGCUUUAUGUAAACAAACAUCAUAUUAGCAAAUAGCUUUAGGCUUUAUAUCAAUACAUACUAAUAUAAAACUCAUCUAUGAAAAAAACAUCAUCAUAAUUCAAAAUUUUGAAUUUAAAAAAUCAAAAAAUCUACUUCACAAUUUAAAGUUUUAUUUGCCUUGUAAGAUUUGCUUUAAAGCUUAACUAACAAUAGAAAAAUUCAAAUAAACUUAAUAAAAUAGUAAAAUUUUUAAACAAAUACUCAUACACACACACACACACAAAAUAGAAAAUCAUUGAAAAAAAAGCAAAACACAAAAAUAUAUAUCUAACUAUAUCUUCCAUUUACAGAGAUCAGACAUAUGAAAAACUAUUUGAAGAUUAUAUGCUCUAAAACAAAAAAAAAACAAAAA